AUGCCAGCUCCCCAGGACCCCACACGUAUGCCCAUCAGGCAACAGAUGGAAGAACUCAUCCGUCGCAAACAAAGCGAGAUCACAAAGGGUCUCGAGACGCUCGACACUGUGAAGUUCAGACCAGACUCGUGGACUCGUGGCAACGAUGGUGGUGGAGGAACCUCAAUGGUGCUGCAGAACGGUACCACGUUCGAGAAGGGUGGUGUCAACGUGUCUGUGGUCUACGGACAGCUUUCGCCACAGGCGAUUUCGGCCAUGAAACACGACCACAAAAACCUUGAGUUGCCCGUCGACGCCGAAAGUGGGCUUCCGAACGCGGAGGGUGUUAAGUUCUUUGCGUGCGGACUUAGCAUGGUCAUCCACCCUUCGAACCCUCACGCCCCUACUACGCAUUUGAACUACCGCUAUUUCGAGACCUGGAAUCCAGACGGAACCCCUCAGACAUGGUGGUUUGGCGGUGGAGCAGAUCUCACUCCAUCAUAUCUCUACGAGGAAGACGCACGUCUUUUCCACGAAGAGCACAAGAAGGCUCUUGACAAACACGACACCAUGCUGUACCCACGCUACAAAAAGUGGUGCGACGAGUACUUCUACAUAAAGCACAGAGAAGAGACCCGUGGUAUCGGUGGUAUCUUCUUUGACGACAUGGACGACCGCGAUCCACAGGAAAUUCUGGCCAUUGUUGAGGACUGUUUUGAUGCUUUUCUCCCUUCGUACCUACCCAUUAUCGCGCGCAGAAAGGACAUGCCUUUUACUGAGGAAGAAAAGCAAUGGCAAUUGAUCCGCCGUGGUCGUUAUGUGGAGUUCAACUUAGUGCUUGACAGAGGUACCCAAUUUGGUUUGAGAACACCAGGGUCCCGUACCGAAUCCAUUCUAAUGAGUUUGCCAGUAACCGCGUGCUGGUUCUACGAUCACCAUCCAGAGCCGGACUCUCGUGAAGACAAGCUUCUAAAGGUACUCAGAACGCCAGUGGACUGGGUGUAA